AAAAAUACACCCCCAAUUUAGGGUUAGCCGGUUAGGGUUCAACUUGACUCAUCGUAGACCACCCGUAUAUAUAAAUCAUCCUUUUCUCGUCACACCACCGUAUUACCUGUCGAUCUGCAAAAUACCCAAAAACCCAACUCAAAGAUGGAGCAGACCUUUAUCAUGAUCAAGCCUGAUGGCGUUCAAAGAGGCCUUGUUGGUGAAAUCAUUGGUAGGUUUGAGAAGAAAGGUUUCUCUUUGAAAGGAUUGAAGCUUUUGACCGUUGACCGAGCUUUCGCCGAGAAGCAUUAUGCUGAUCUGUCCUCAAAGCCUUUCUUUAACGGGCUAGUCGAGUACAUCGUCUCUGGCCCCGUUGUUGCCAUGGUUUGGGAGGGCAAGAACGUGGUUACCACCGGACGCAAAAUCAUCGGUGCUACAAACCCUGCUGACUCUGCUCCUGGCACCAUCCGUGGUGAUUUUGCAAUCGACAUCGGCAGAAAUGUGAUUCAUGGAAGCGAUGCCGUUGAGAGUGCGAGGAAGGAGAUUGGUCUGUGGUUCCCUGAGGGUGCUGCCAAUUGGUCAAGCAGCCUUCACCCAUGGAUCUAUGAAUGAGUGUGAUAUGCUACCACCACAACCCCUUUAUUAGUUGCUUUGAGGGUGUAAUCUAUUUUCGACUGGUUUUGUUUAUGGACUGCGUCAGGCGUUUUCUGCGUGUUAAAUCGGAUGGUCUCUGUUUUGUUUUCAUGUUCGUGUCUGCUGUUGGUUUUGGUUUGAUUUUUCGCACCAUCCACCUGUGCCAAGCGCGCAAAAAGUUUUAAUCAAUCUUUGUCAUUUUCUUUGUUAA